CGAAAGAGAAAAAGAGAGACUCGUGCCCUCGCCUGCUCCUCCCCCUCAGCGGUGACCCAGUCGCCGUGGCUCCGUCAGGGCCUCUCCCGCCGCAGGAUCCCGGCCUCCGCAGCCUUCUCCGCCCCAUCGCCGCCUGCCCGGUCUCCCCUCGAUGGGCUGAAUUGGUUUUUAAUCCUCCUCCUCCUCCUCAUGGCCUUCUCCUAAUUCGCCCUCUCUAUCUUCCUUUACUUCGGCCUUGAGUUCCCCGCGGAGGCGAAGAGGGCGUCGAGUGUGGUUAAGCUGAUGCACUAGAGGACGACGUUUCGGUUGCAUUCGCUCGAUGUGCCGUAUGGCUCUGGGAGCGGGCAGCAGUUACUUACUGGAUUCCCAAAUGUGGAUGAGUCGAAUAGUUAUUUGGUUAAGGUUGCUUGCAUUGAUGUAUGAGCAAUGUUUUUAGCAAUGAUUGUAAAAUCUCCACCUGAUUCAACUGCAAAACAGGCCAAUGUUAUCUCUAAUGAAACUUUCAUAUGGCUACAACAUAUGAGAACUCGAAAAUGGCUACAUAGCCACCAACAUACUUCACCAAUAACCGACAGUUUGGAGAUACAAAUACAAAUAUUUCGUCAAUUACCUGUUGUCAUGUGACCUUCCUCCUUCCUCAAGUUUGGGGCCUAGUCCAAUGAUACAAAUUCAUACAAUCAUGUUUAUGACAUGAGAUAUGUGUAAGAACUUGGAAGACAAAAACAAGAGUACCAAGGAAUUUGGAAAUUAAUUGGCAAACAUGGAUGCAAAGAUUAUUAAUUACUGAAAUAUUGUGUUGCUAGGAAUUAAGAUACUAAAAAAACAAAGUACAAUCUAACUGAGGCUAUCAAGAUAAAUGGUGUAACCAGAAAUAUAGAAUGAGAAAUGAUUGCACACUACUGCUAAUGAUGCCAAUCAAGAAUUUAGACAUCUUUGGCAAUGUUUAAGAACUAUGAUAGGGGAUAUUAAACCACUUCAACCUUUCUCUUAUAGAGGUCAUGGAAGAUGAAAAUGAACUUGAACAAAAAACAAAGAGAAAGAACAUUGUUGUUAUUUGAUUAUUUGGAAGUGUUGCCUUCAGUAGGCUAACUGACAACACAAGAUCCAUAUAACAGACAGAAAACGGGUAUAAUGAAGAUUUGGUGUUAAUUGCUAUUGUUGAAUUCUGAUCAUGGUCUUUUUAUGCUGAGAUCAGUCUUUGUUGAGGCUUCUGUAUGAGGUAGGAACUCAGGUCACUGAUAACUUUGGUAUAACAGCAUUACUCUAUGAUAACCUGAUAACAUGAUCCAAACUGGAGUUUACUUCUUGUCCUCCUCUUCUCCCCGAACUGUAAGUGUUGUAGGGUCGAUCGACUUAAUCCGCUUGCACUCUCAAAUCCCGUGUCUUCUCGCUUCUCUGCUGUCAAGGUACCAAAUGAUGUCGAUUCUGCUGCACUAGGAAAAGGCCGUCACUGCUACACAAGAGGGAACAGGUAAAAAUCGCCUCACCCUGCUCUUUCUUCGUUCUUCUUUCGCUUUGGUGUAUCAUGUCUCUGCUCUGGAACAGUGAGAUCAGUACAACAAAGGAAUCUUAUCAUUUCCUCUUUUGCUUGGCCACCACAGUCCGAGUAAGCCCAGUCCAUGCCGCAGGUAGCUCUAAAAGGGUUUGCGCUGCCGGAAGAGACCAGAAGAGCAGCGGGGAAGAUGCCGUCGCACAAGACGUUCAGGAUCAAGAAGAAGCUGGCGAAGAAGAUGCGCCAGAACCGCCCCAUUCCUCACUGGAUCCGCAUGAGGACCGACAACACCAUCAGGUACAACGCCAAGCGCAGGCACUGGCGUCGCACAAAACUAGGGUUUUGAGGGCGCCCUAGGUCUCCUUGCUCACCGCUCUUAGACAUUGAGUUCCUUUCUUGACUAUUUCAUUAUCAUCGAUAUAUUUCCUUGAAAAAAGCUCUUUCUCACGGUCUUUGAUUGAUUUUGCUCCGAAGAGAUUGAGGACGAUGAUCAUUUGUUUAACUAUUUGGAUUUAUCUAUUGGAAUGAUGCUGGUUCGAUAAAAUUUCCAUAAUGUGAAAAUAAAUCUUAAUGUGUGA